ACCAAUCAGAAUGCGCAUAGACAAAACAACCCUGAGUUAGGAGACCUGUCAGCUGAGCUGUUUACCGGCCGGUGUUUAGCCUCAGAGCUAACAAGAAAUCUAGCUGUUAGCUUUUUAGCUAUAACGCGCAGUGCUAGUUUAUGACUGAUUAUAAGUACUUAUAGCUAUGAGUACAGUAGUCUAUGUUUUAUCCACGGUUACUGGAUACGUGCUUACAUCCGCUUUGUUACUGAAAUGUCCUUCGUUGCUGCAUCGCAGGAAACGUGAGACUUUCCUCAGCCGCCACAUCUCACACCGAGGCGGUGCAGGUGAGAACCUGGAGAACACCAUGGCAGCCUUCAGGCAUGCCGUACAGCUCGGAACUGACAUGCUGGAGCUGGACUGUCAUCUGACCAAGGAUGAGCAGGUGGUGGUGUUGCAUGACUUUAACCUGAAGAGGUCGACCGGAGUUAGCACCAGCAUUUCAGAUGUCGUAUAUGCCGAACUUCCACCUUACUUGUGUAAGCUUGGUGUGAGUUUCAAGCGAGAGUGCUUUGUGGAAGGAGGUGAGGAUAAAAACAUCCCACUGCUGAAAGAUGUAUUUGAGGCUUUCCCAAAGACCCCCAUUAACAUCGACAUCAAAGUCAACGAUGACACACUCAUCAGGAAGGUCUCUGAGCUGGUCAUUGAAUAUAAUCGGGAGCAGCUGACUGUAUGGGGUAACUCCAGUGACCAGAUAGUUAAGAAAUGCUACAAAGAGAAUCCUCGGAUCCCUUUGCUCUUCAGCUUACCCAGGGUGCUACUCCUCGUGGGGCUUUUCUACACCGGGCUCCUGCCCUUUGUACCCCUUAAGGAGCAGUUCUUGGAGAUCCCCAUGCCUUCUAUUACUUUCAAAAUCCGAGACCCCAGAAGGAUGACACGGGGUGAACGCUUCAUCACCUGGAUGGCAGACACCCUUCUCAUGAGAAAAGCUCUGUUUGACCAUCUAAAAGCUCGUGGAAUACAGACCUAUGUGUGGGUGCUGAACGAUGAAGAAGAUUUUAAAAGAGCGUUUGACCUCGGGGCCACCGGCGUGAUGACCGACUACCCCACCAAGCUCAAAGAUUUCAUGGAGAAUAACAUACCUGUUUCAUGUAAAUGACUUGUGAACAGAGAACAGCUCACUCGGGUCAUUUUCCACUUUUCGACAUGGCCUGGUUGGAAUAUCCUUUCAUCUUCUUUUUACACAUCACCGUUUGUGACGGAAGUAGCAGAAAAGGCUGAUAGGAGUGUGUGGUUUUAAAUCUGACUCUGAGGUAAAAGGAGUGUGUGGUUUUAAAUCUGACUCUGAGGUAAAAGGAGCGUGUGGUUUUAAAUCUGAUUCUGAACAAAAUGGACCUUUUUUUUAUUUUUUAUUAUUUAAUCCUAAAGGAAAAAAGAACACUAAAGUAGACUAACUUACGAUGAAAAAUUAAAAAAAGCUUACUACUGAUUUGAAUACAGAACUUACCCACGAGGCAUUGCAAUCUAAUAGAGUUGAAAUUUCAAAACAGAAUUUGAAUUGAAUUAAUUAUGCUGCAUCUAAAUGUGAACCUGGAGCAUCAUAAAUUCUCUAUUUCUAUUUCCGGGUAAAAAAAAAAUACAAAACAACAACAAAUCUUUUGUUAUUUUAUUAUCAUUCUACUCUAUUUUGUGCCGCAAAUGGCCAAAGUAAUACUCGUACACGCUUCUGAACCAUGAGGGGAAGUCGACAAGAGCUUUAACAGUAUUAUACUACAGGAGGCCACAAGCGGUGAAGCUCUCCUACAGUUUAUCGCCGUAAUAUAAUACGUUACUUAGCAACAAAGAACCACAAAGUAAAAUGGCUCUCAGGUUUACAAAGUGAUGCUUUAGUCUCUAAACAAGUCUUAUCACAAAUCUGUCAAGAUAAUUUUACUAUCGUAGAAUUAUCUCAAGCAAUAGCUCAUUCUUUUUCAGUUUCUCGUCAUUACCUCUGGCUUCUGAAAGCGUUUAUAUGCCUGAGUGAUAGGAGGUAGGGAUUCGCUGCAGCUUUUCAGACGCAAUAAAAACCUAACAUAGAUUAUAAAAGCCACUUUAUGAAAAGUAACUGCCUUUUUGUGAUUUUCAGCUGUAUUCUGAUCACAUGUACGAAGGGAAUACUCCAGCAUUUGGUAUCCUAAUCUCUAUUUCUCUAUAUUACUGCAGACAAUCAUAUAUUAGGCAAAUUAUCUGUACUGGGGAAAAAAAAUUAGAAACAGUAGCUGAAUUAUGCUGCUAAAUGCAAUACUCGUACACGAUAAGGAUGAUCGUCUUCAGAUGUGACGAUCAACACCUAAGCAAUGCUAAUUGUAAGCAAUUAUUCUGAUGGGCAUGUCCAUGUUUACAGUGGCAAAGUGAUAAUCACAAGUUAUUAUGAUAAAUUUAGAACCGAAUUUGCUGAUCUGAACGAUUCUACCGAUGGAAUUUAGUGUAAAGAGACUUUCUGUUCGUUUCUAACGACAGACUCUCUGUCUCGGGUUAACGUUCGUGAGCUACAGAUAACACAAUUUGUGAUUUGGUUGAAAUAAUGCUUGAAUAUUCUUUUAAUAUGUGAACAGACAGAUAUAGUGAUGCUGUUAUGUUUUAUUUCUUAUUUCAGUAAUGUCAUUAGAUAAUAGGUGUCUUCUAUACCUAAAAAAAAAAAAGCCAUGCAAAUUCAUAAAAUUAAUAUAAAGUGGAAACAAGUGUCGAUUUUAGGUCCGAUUUUGUUUCUGGACAGCGUGUAGUUUCCAACAAACAUCGUUCAUCGUCAUUCAUAAUUUGCACUCUGUUUUAUUCAAAGGAUUAUCAACAACUCCACAACAGUCCCAAGUCGAUUAAUGUGUGGUUACUGCUCCUUGUCGUAUACUGUUAUCACUACUGAUUUUAAAAAGGUUAUGGGAUUGUUGGGGUUUUUAUUCAUCAUUUUUGUGUAUCUUUUUGUGCAGUUGUAUAUUUUAUAGUCUAUCAUAUUAAUGAAUGUGAUGACAUGCCAGCAAAAGAACUUCAUUAAAGCUGUCUUGGAGAAGUUUAUGGACGAGGGAGGCCAGUGUCUAUUAUAUAAGAAUCGAUUGUUAUUUAUGGAAUUUUAAUAUCUAGCCAUGUAUCUUAUAAAUAGAAAUAAAUAAUCAGCUCGAUGCUGGAUGUUUUCUUA